AAAUGAAAUGUGACUUCUAGCAUAUGCUCCAGAAAGACACCAUGCCUACACGGCAACUCCGAGGAUCUAUAGCCUUAUGGGCAUUAGUUUUGAUGCAGGCAGUUGCUGGAUUUGACAGGAACGGAAAGUCUGUGUGGGAAAAAGACGCUGGUUUAAGUCCGGUGAAUGAAACCCAGAUGUUUGUGCAUGACACGUUCCCCCCGGCAUUCCUGUGGGGUGUCGGGACCGGUGCAUUUCAGGUGGAGGGCAACAACAGGAAGGAUGGAAAGGGACUUUCAAUAUGGGACCUUUUUAUCCAUUCUGCACUGUCUUCCCGGACAGAUGAGUUCAGCGACAGCUACACUUUCCUGGAAAAGGAUUUGUCCGCUCUGGAUUUUUUGGGAGUUUCUUCUUACCAUUUUUCCAUUUCAUGGCCAAGGCUCUUCCCUACUGGAUUGGUUGCCACUGUCAAUGAAAAAGGACUCAGCUACUACAACAGUCUCUUAGAUGCUCUGAUUUACAGACGCAUUGAGCCUAUAGUCACUCUUUUUCACUGGGAUUUGCCUUGGGCUUUGCAAGAGAAAUAUGGGGGGUGGAAAAACGAGUCUCUGGUGGAUAUUUUCAAUGACUAUGCCACUUUUUGCUUCCAAGAAUUUGGAGAUCGAGUUAAAUACUGGAUUACGAUCCACAACCCUUACCUGGUUGCUUGGCACGGGUACGGCACAGGGAUUCAUGCACCUGGAGAGAGGCAGGAAAAAGCUGUCUACAGAGUAGGACAUAACCUGAUCAAGGCACAUUCAAGAGUUUGGCAUACUUACGACAAACAUUUCCGAUCACAUCAGAAUGGAUUUUUGUCAAUAACACUGGGAUCCCACUGGAUUGAACCUACCAAAUUCAAGGACAGUUCUGACAUUACAAAGUGCCAGCAGUCCAUGCAGAAAGUGCUUGGGUGGUUUGCAAAACCAAUUCAUGGGGAUGGAGAUUAUCCGGAAGAGCUGAAGAAUGAACUUGCCUUUAUCUUGCCAAAUUUCACUAACACAGAGAAAAGCCAAAUCAAAGGGACUGCUGACUUCUUUGCAUUUUCAUUUGGCCCAAAUAAUUUUACACCCCUAAAUAAACUCCCCAGAAUGGGGCAAACAUUUUCACUCAACCUGAGGGGAGUACUGAAAUGGAUUAAAUUGGAAUAUAACAAUCCCAGAAUCCUAAUUACAGAAAACGGAUGGUUCACCAAUGGCCACGUAAGAAUAGAAGAUACCACCAUCAUCUACUUAAUGAAGAAUUUUGUCAACAAGGUCUUACAAGUUAUCAAAUACGAUCAGAUUGAUGUAUUUGGUUACACGGCUUGGUCUCUCCUCGAUGGAUAUGAGUGGCAACAAGGCAUAGGCAACAGACGAGGAUUAUUUUAUGUUGAUUUCAAUAGUAAAGAAAAAGAACGGAUUCCCAAGACAUCUGCACUUUAUUACAAGCAAAUAAUACAGGCAAAUGGCUUUCCUUUGAAGGAAUCGACCUCAGCUUUGCACAGUCAGUUUCCCUGUGACUUCUCCUGGGGCGUGACAGAAUCAGUUAUUAAGGCAGAAUCUGUCGCUUCCUCUCCCCAGUUCUGCGAUCCCAACCUGUAUCUCUGGAAUGUUACAGGGGAUGGACUUUUCUACCAGGUGAAAGGCGUGAAACUGAAAACCCGGCCAGCUCAAUGUACUGAUUUCAUCAGCAUUAAAACACAACUAGAGCUCUUGUCUAAAAUGAAAAUCACUCACUACAGAUUUGCACUUGACUGGUCACUGCUUCUGCCCAGUGGCAAUUUGUCAUCCAUAAACCAUCAAGUCCUUCGCUACUAUCGGUGUGUCAUUAGUGAGAUGCUCAAACUCAACGUGAAACCUGUGGUUACUCUACAUUAUCCAACGUACCGCUCUUUGGGCUUGCCUACUCCCUUAAUUCAAAAUGGCGGAUGGUUGAAUCGGUCCACGGUCCAUGCUUUCAGAGACUAUGCAGGGAUGUGUUUCCAGGAGCUUGGGGACCUGGUUGAACUCUGGAUCACAAUAAACGAACCCAACCGUUUCAACGAUGUUUACAACAGCAGCAGCAAUGAUACGUACAGGGCAGUGCACCAUGUACUGAUAGCACACGCUUUGGCAUGGCGCCUGUAUGACGAACGAUAUCGGUCAUUUCAGCAUGGUCAAGUAUCUUUGUCACUGCAUUCUGACUGGGCAGAACCAGCCAAUCCUUUUCUUGACACCCACCAAAAAGCUGCUGAAAGAUUCCUUCAGUUUGAAAUAGCCUGGCUUUCGGACCCACUCUUUAAAACAGGGGACUAUCCAGAAGCUAUGAGAGGAUAUCUUGACUAUAAGAAAAGUGAAGGUCUCUCCCGUUCCUCUUUGCCACAUUUCACUGAAGAAGAAAAGGAACUCGUAAAAGGGGCUGCUGAUUUUUUUGCCCUGAAUCACUUCACCACAAGAUUUGUGAUCCAUGAGUCUAAAAAUGGAAGUCGGUAUGAAUAUGAUCAAGACAUUCAAUUUCUGCAAGAUUUCACUUACCUGAUUUCUCCGUUUCGCUCAGCGGUCAUCCCAUCAGGGUUACGGAAAGUCCUUAAUUGGGUUAAGAAGCAUUACGGUGACGUUGAUAUCUAUAUCACGGCAAGUGGAAUAGAUGAUCAGCCUCUAAAUGACAACCUUCGUAAAUUCUACAUUGAGAAGUAUGUACAGGAAACGUUAAAAGCUCACCAUAUUGACAAAGUCAACGUCAGAGGCUACUUCGCAUUUAAACUGACUGAUGAAAUAGCCAGACCCAAACUUGGAUUCUUCACCACCGAACGGAAAGCGAAGACUUCUGUUCAGUUCUACAACCAUCUGAUCAGCAACAAGGGUUUUCCCUUGGACGCUACAAGCAACAUGUGUGGCCAACCAAAUGAAACAGCACCCUGUACUCUCUGCCUGUUUCUACUGCAGAAAAAGCCACUCAUAUUUUUUGGAUGCUGCCUUUUCUGUAACCUCAUCUUGCUUUUAAGUAUUGUUGUGUUUCACAAAAGGAAAAGAAGGAAAUGGCGUUGGUCAAAAAACUUCCAGCCCCUUUGUAUUCCUGUUAAAAAUAGGCAGAAGAAGGGGCUCAAUCAAAUCUAGGUCCCUCUUCUACAAUCAAGAGUGAGAAAGUGUGUUGGAAGCACUCCAGGUCACUCCACUGAAUGCAUACCAAGGUACUUGUACAAGAAAGCACAAACCAUGCUAUGAUCAUAGUAUCCAAAGAGUAUAACCAAAAUACCCAAGAUUCAUAAUCCUAAUCCAUUUAUGUUGUUGUUGUUUGUUUAUUUGUCAUGAAGUUGUUUCUGACUUAUGUCAACCCUAAGACAAACCUAUCACAGGGUUUUAUUGUCAAGAUUUGUUCAGAGUAGAUUUGUCUUUGCCUUCCUCUAAGGCAGUGGUUCUCAACCUGUGGGUCCCCAGGUGUUUUGGCCUACAACUUCCAGACAUCCAAGCCAGUUCACCAGCUGUUAGGAUUUCUGGGAGUUGAAGGCCAAAACAUCUAGGGACCCAAAAGUUGAGAACCACUGCUCUAAGGCUAGGAGUUGUCCAAGGAAAGACAUUCAGUGUUUCCAUGACCAACCCUGAUCUCCAAAGUCAUAGUCCAAGACCCAAACCACUACUCCACACUGUACAUAGUCGGAAUUCCAGAAUACUAAGUCAUACAUUCUUUUUCAUUAUCACAGAAUUUUAGACUGCUUGCUUAUUUAUACUGUCACAUAGCAUGAUUUGAAAAGCAUGUGGAGAAGGAUUAUCAGAAAUCCAGGAUUUAUUUGCUUAUUCUUUACUUUUUUCAGCCUCAGAUUAACCUUUUGAUUAAAUAGACUGUCACUGAUAUUCUUAGAACUACAUUUAUUCCUGGAUGUCUCAGGAUGAGAGGACCUUACAGCAGGGCAGAAUUAGAAAAGUAAUUUUUAUGAAAUCCAUCUCAUUAAAUCCACUAUCCAACAUGACAAGUACCAUAUAUACUCAAGUAUAAGCCAUCCCAAAUAUAAGCUGAAACACCUAAUUUUACCACAAAAAACUGGGAAAACUUAUUGACUCAAGUAUAAGAUGAGGAUGGGAAAUGCAGCAGCUACCGGUAAAUUUCAAAAAUAAAAAUAGAUACCAAUAAGAUUACAUUAAUUGAGGCAUCACUAGGUUAAAUGUUAAUGAAUAUUUACAUAAAACUGUAAUUUAAAAUAAUAAGAUUUUAAUGAGUUAAGACUGUCCAACUCUGAUUACCCAUAUACUUGAGCAUAAGCCGACCCAAAUAUAAGCCGGCCAGGACCCUCACUCGAGUAUAAGCCGAGGGGGACUUUUUCAACCCGAAGAAAGGCCUGAAAAACUCAGCUUAUACUCGAGUAUAUACGGUACCUUUUUUGGCUGGGCAUUUAGGGUCCUGAAGUCCAAAAACAUAACAUUUACAAUUUCUGGGACAGAGCUACGUCCAAGGAGAAAUAAAUGGUGUGCAGUUUAAUUCAAAAGGUUUUCAUUGCAGAAACAUUUUUUCUUAUGCAUCCUGGUAUAAUAAUUAUACUAGUUUAACUUGAAACCAACAUGAUUUGGGAAUCUGUGCACUUUUAUAGAACUGGCUUCAGAUUUAUGACAUUAUUAACUUAUCCUAUCCGUGUCAUAAUUUACAGAUAUAACAUUUGGUCCAUCAUUUUCUUUGCUUUUUGAAGCUUAAAUCCACAAUCUAAUUUAUAUUUCAAAUGAAUGAAUGCCUUGAAUAUUACUUGCUAAAAUCUCAGUACCAUACACUCAGCUGCCAAUUUGUUCCCAGCAAACUGGAAGUUUCAAGAACACAACUGCAAUAUUUAUUUCAUGUUUGAGAAUUUCAAGUGUAAUUUUGAAGGUGCCUGAUCCCCAUUAUUGCAAUGACUAAACCUGGCAUCAAUGUGGCAAAUGCUUUUUAGAAUAAAUGAAAGUAAUGAGAAACAUCCUUUAAAAGCCACCGUUUUUAACACUAUGUGGUCAAGCAUAGUAUCUGCAGCCCUUAUAAGUUGCAGUUUGGGAAAGGUCUGAAACACACUAUCUCAAAAUAAAAAAGGCAGGCAAUUUUUUUUCAUGUCAGGAGUGACUUGAGAAACUGCAAGUUGCUUCUGGUGUGAGAGAAUUGGCCAUCUGCAAGGACGUUGCCCAGGGGAUGCCCGGAUGUUUGAUGUCUUUAUCAUCCUUGUGGGAGGCUUUUCUCAUGUCCCCGCAUAGAGCUGGAGCUGAUAGAGAAAGCUCACACGCUGUCCCCAGAUUCGAACUCCCAACCUGUUGGUCAGCAGUCCUACCGGCGCAAGGGAUUAACCCAUUGUGCGACCAGGCACUCCAAGGCAGACAAUGAAGGAAUCUAAGAGUCUAUAAACACUAAAAGCAUGGAUGGGUAGAUUGGUCCAAAAUAACUUUAGUGUACAAUUGAAUACAGCAUUUGGAAGAAUUAAUAUCAUAGUGCUCUGAUUUGGACUUCAGAAGGGCAGUUUAUUAUUAUGGAGAUUAUAUUAGAAAAUGACUGCACUAGGGGGAGGGGGGAGUCUUUCUUAAUGCAAGAAUUUUCAAAGAAUUGUAUUUGGAAGAUAUAAUUUCACAUUCCUUGGCUUCAUUCGAUGGAGAUAAAGAAAAGCAGUGGAGAAGUUUGUGAUCUCUUUUUAAAUGGCUGCAUGAAAAAGUUACACUCCAAACUGUUUGAGACCUGAACUGAACGCAUGCAGCUGAAUUUCUCUGUUGGCUUGAGUCAUAUUCUGUGAUGAACUUUAGCGUUACGUAUUUAUUUUUAUGCACAUUGCACAGUUCCAUCUUCAUGUGAAAACAUAUUCGGAUGUAUCAGAAAUUGUCAUUCAUUAAUAUAUAUCUUACUUAUUAAAAGUUGUAUUUUCACAAACUG